AUGUCCGUAAGGAAAUUUCGUCAACGGUCCAAUCCCUAUGUGCUCUGUAUAAUUCUUAAACGUACCAGCAAGUGUGACUUUAGUUGGUUGCCUUUUGGGACUACCUGGUGCAGUGCUGUUCGGAUCAUCCCUCCCAAUGUGCUUCUCAAGCAGAUCUUGAAGGUCUUUGGGGAGCUUAUCUUUGAUCUCAUCGUGAGAUUUUUUGAAUUCAUUCAUGAGUUCAUCACCAAGCUCAAUUGGACCACUCGGUUUAUCACUAAUCUGCCCAGCCGCCUUCCCGAUCGCCGUCUUGGCCGCAGCCUUGAUCUGCUGUUCGGCGGACUUGUUGAAAGCGUUAACGGCGGCGGGAAGUUUUUCGACCUCAGUCUUAAGUGGCUUUUUGACAUGGUUAUUAAAAUCAUUUACAAGGUCGUUAUUUACCUUCUGCCUCACCGCCUUCAACUUACUGUCCACGGCUUCGGCGGGGCUUUCUUGGUUGGAGGGGCCUUGUUUGGGGUCAGUAGCCGCGGUAAGCUGGCUGUGAAGAUCGUUCGUUGUCUCGUACACCGCGUCCAGGAUGCCCGCGAUGCUGUUUUCUGUUUUGCCGGCAAGCAGCACCGACUCCAGUUCGUUGCCCACCUGGCGGGACACGGAGGAGACUGUGCAGAGUACGGUGGCGAUGAAAGCCUUUUCCUUGCAGUCCUGCUUAUGGACACUCCCUUGGCCGUUACAGUUUGUGCAGCCUACGCUCUCGCAGAUGCAUUUUGUGGCGUUGAAAUUGUUAUUCUGCAUCUUCUGCUUGACCUCGGAGUAUAUUCCACCGAACUCAUUACUGUUCAGCUUCUUGUCAAGCGCUUCGGCGAACGCAUCACAGCCUUGUUUCACAGCGUUGACGUAUCCAUGAAUCUUUUGGGUGCCGCCGCCCGCUCCUUUGUUUCCGUUUACAACCUUUUCACCGGCUUCAGUUGA